AUGGAGCAACUGUUCGCAAUAGAUAUCCCGUCCAUGACGGCUGAGCACUCAUUCCUAGGCCACGGAGUCCUCGCCAUCGCUUCUUGUCAUCUAUCUUGCUUGACAUCAGACGAAUCCUCCAAAGCUAAAUACACAGCUCAGGGUGCCGGGUAUAUGAAUACAGGGAUUCCACUUUAUUCGCAGGUGGUACAAAAACCGACACAACAUAACACUGGCGCUCUCUUUGCCUUCGCUUGUAUAAUCGUCUUAUAUACAUUUUUCAGUUCUAAUCAGGAGUACGAAGAGAUCCUCAUGUCAUACUCAUCUGCUGAGCAUUACAUGAGCCACCAAUAUCCAGAUCCGCAGCUCACCGCCAGGCUAACUGGACUUGUGGUGCGAUUAUGUGACAGUAUUCAAGGAAUAUUUCGUGUAUUCUGGAAAUGCCAACAAUGGGUUUUAUCAAGUCCAUUACUCCCCGCAGUGCAGCGGCACAACACUCAACGCCCUACGGAAAGACAAGUCUUGUGGGCACGGGUCGAGGACCAGGAAUUGGCCAAGCUUGAGCGACUUUGGACAGAUGGUGAUGACAUUCACAUGGUCGAUGAUAGUGAUGGAGUUACUGGUACUGUCACCCCCAACAGGUGGCAACAAGCAUUGUCCGGGGCGCUUCUGGCUUUGCGAAUGACUGCCAUGAUGGUGACUCAACUAGUGAUACUAGACGAGGAUACGCAACAAGACGAUCCUAACAGUUUUUCCAAAGCUAUUCCUGCUGUCAAUCCAAUGGAAACCCUUCAUAGAAUUCACAGGUCCUUAUCUGAUGGUCGGCUGGAGGAUAUGCCUAGUGCUUUCACCUGGUAUGUUACUCUUUCUUCUGACUUUUGUCAAUUACUACAAGAAGGGGAUUUUCAUGCCAUGGUUCUGCUGGCCCAUUACGCAAUUAUAAUGGACCGAGCAUGUUCUAGGAAAUGGUGGGUUGGGAAUAUCCCAUCACAUUUUGUUGCUACGGCCAGGUUGGUUCUAGGACGAGAGAGAGAAUCGUGGAUCCAGUGGCCCUUGAGUGUAGUGAGAGGGGUAAAUCGUUGA